CAGCGCACAUGCAAUGACCUGAUUUGACUUUCUGGCCCGAACAACGGCCACUCCUUCUCCAGCUACCCCAUAAAGACUUCGUCGUCACCACAUCUCCAACUGAGGUCUCACAUCAGUGAUGAUUCUGCGGCAGCUACGGCCUCUCUGACAUCCCCCGCAUCCGCAUUCCACCAUCAGCAAGAACCCUCCGCUUCUACGAAGGAACAGCUACCUCCCUCCCCACCAUCACCUCAACAUGUCUCUCGACCUCGAAAAGCAAUUGCGCUUUUAUGGCGCCUACCACCACAAUCCCGUCAAUAUCGGCAUCCAUAUGACCUGCGUGCCUCUGAUUCUGGCAUUUGCGAUACUUUUGGCAACCAAUUCUCCCACGCUCAUCCCUCUGCCAGAAUGGCUCACCAUCCCAAACCUACCUCUCAACCUCGGAACGAUAGGAGCAAUACUCUAUAGCGGCUUCUAUAUCCUCCUCGAACCGGUCGCCGGCUCCGCACUCCUGCCCCUAAUCAUUGGCUGGGCAGCCUACGCCAACCACCUUACAACUACCAUGCCUUCAGCGAUCAACAAGAUUGCCAUCGGUGUUCAAAUUGUUGCUUGGAUUGCACAAUUCGUCGGACAUGGAGUAUACGAGGGUCGUGCGCCGGCGCUGCUGGAUAACCUUGUUCAAGCUUUGGUCCUAGCUCCGUUCUUCGUUUUUAUGGAAGCUUUGUUCCACUUUGGAUAUCGACCUGAGUUGCAAAAAAGAGUUAGUGAGGCUGUGGAGAAGGAGAUUAAGAAGGUUAAGGCCGAGAAGGAGGGGAAACAAGCAAAUGGUGAUGUGAAGAAUGGCAAGGCAAAUUAGGAUCGAUCCUGAACCAUAUCACCACUGGGCGGGCCUGGAUAUAUGGGCUGCGGGAUUGGACAACAGAUUAUGGGGCAAAACGGAUGGAUCAGUUCACGGGAGAGGGAAAGAAUGAUGAGCUGGGCGAUUUAUGUGAAGCCUGGGAAGCCUGGAAAUAAUGUGAGUGAUCAGCACAAGCGAUGCAUAUAAUACACAGCAGUAAGCUACGGUAUGGGGAAAGAAGUGAGUCAGCAUGGAAAUGAGGUGCGAGGCGUUUUCAAUUCUCAUGAUAUAGUUGCGCAUUCAACGCCCUGAUGGAUGACAACGACACGAUACGUUACUUAUAGGCGGCUUUCAUUCUCAGAAUUAGACGGGACUUCUCUAGGAGUUCUGUUAUGGGAUUCGAUUCAUUCAAGUCACAUUUCCAAUUUUUGGAAGGUACGAGAAGCGUUUGAGUUGUACAAAUGACAGUUUCAAUUUGCAUUACUCUAUCUUAAUCUCUCGCCCUCUUCUC